AAUGAAUUAAGUCAAAACAUUAUAUGAUGACCCAAAUUGCUUUUAAAUCUUAUUAUGGAAAAGAAGUGAUUCUGAUCAUAGAGUCUAUUCCUACACAGACAAUGAUUAUGAUACAUUGAUUUAAGAGGAAAACAAACUAAAUGGAACAUCUGGAUGUAAAGCUAUAUAGAAAUCGUUCCCUAUCUAAUAAAAAUUGAGAAUGGGAUUACCAGCUGAUGAAAAAAUCUUUUAUACUGAUUUGAUAGUUUUAUAAAAUAGAGCUUUGAUAAUCAGAAAUGACUUUACAUUACAAGAGAUUAAUUUAUCUGAGAAUCAAUUUAUUAAGACCAUUUAAUAAAAAAAAAUAAAAAUUUAAUAGACUUCCCUUAGUCAUCCAAUAUUCUUAUAGAAUCCAAUAAAUAAAAGAGUUUAUAUAAUUUCAGAAGGUGGAGGUGUUAGUAUACCAGAUUGGAUGUAUAAUAUUAAAUCUCACUAUUUAGUCCUUUGGAUUCAACAGUAUUUUUUAUUAAUGAGGAACCCUUUAAGAAAAGAUCAAUAAUAUAUGAUGCUUUUAUUAAGAAUGAUAAGAUUUAUGUGGCUUGUGGAAAUGAAGGAAUUGAUAUUUAUGUUUUUAAGGAUGGGAUUCUUAAACAUGAAAAUGUAUAAUUAAGAAUUGAAAAUUAACAUUUAGAUGCAGUUGAUAUUAGUGGUGAUGAUGAAAGUAUUAUGAUUUAUGAUUUAAUUAUAGAUUUAUUUAUAUUGGAUCACAAUCAUGGACUAUAUAUUUGUGAUUAUUAAUUUAAGGUUAAAUUUAGAGUACCAAUAUUAAAGGGAAGUGAUUUUGGACAUUAUAAUAAUACUUUUUUUAUUAUAGCUGAAUCAAUUACUAGAUAAGAUUAUGCAGUUGAAGUCUUCUUAAACUUUACAGAUAAUUCUUAUUAUAUUAAUCAUUAUUUCUUUGAUGAUAUGCAAUUUUAUGAUGUUAAAGUAUAUGAAGAUUAUGCUGUAUUAAUUGGUUAUGAAGUUCAUAAAAUCAUUCAACAUUCAAUUUAUUCUAAUUUUAUUAAAUAUACUAGCAAAAAUUACUUUGAAUUUCCUUAACUAUUAUAACUUAAAUCUUGGAAUAAUUCUAUUGUUGCCUUAUCAAAAAAAUAAAUUAGAUUACUUAAUUUAUCUAUUAUACCUGCCCAUAUAGAAUGUGAAUCCUAAGAAAUGUUUUAAGAAUACUAUUUAGUAGCAAGUUUCUUUUAGAAUUCAUCAUCUCCAUUUGAAGUAACUAAAGUAGAUUAAGUAUUCAGAAUAGUAAUUGAGGAUGUGUCUAUAAUUUCAAAAGCUAACCUUAUUUUAUUUGCUAUUGCAUUUAUUAUAAUCUUUAUUAUGACAUGGUUAUUAAUAGGUGGAUUCAUUUGUUAUAAAAAAUGCAAAGAUAGAACUGAAAAGUUAGAAGAAAGCAAGAAAAUUUUAAUAAAAUAAUAUUAAAUUGACAAAGAAGAAGGUCCUGGUUAAGAAUUGUCAGCAUUAUGA